CCGCCGGCCACGUGACCGAGGUCGGCGAUGCUGGACUCGAGGGACUGGUGGCCGUCGGAGAUGACAUCGUAGUCGGAGAGGUCGUCGCUGGAGAGCACGGACAUGACGUCGAGCGAGCGGCGCAUGGCCAGGUGCGUUCAAGCUGGUGGGGGUGGAAACAAUCCCAGGCUGGGCACGAGGCGGGUCAAGAGGCUCGCGGAGCGUGAAUAGGCGCGCUCGUCCUUGUCCCCGCGAUCAAUCAGACGUCCUGUCCUCCCCAGUCGUUCGAGACAGCGGCCCGCCGAGCGCAAGCUUAUCGCCUGAUCACCAUGACCGCUCUACCGCCCUUCCAAGACGUCCUCGAGAGCAAGGCCGAGAAGGAUAGCCCGCUUGCGACCACACUCACCCUCCUCUUCGAGUCCUCGCCCAUCCUCUACUCCGAUCUACUUCCGGGAGUUGCGACCUACAUCGCGUCCGCCCCAUCUAAGCCAGCGUCGUACGGCGAACUCAUCGACGCGACACUCGUAGUCGCGUCCAAGUGGGACCCCACUCUCAAGGCGAGCUUCAUCGCAGGCCAUCCGCGCAUCGGCGAGGUCAGCGGGCUAUCGCGCCUCAGUAAGAAAGAGCAAGCGGCCCGCGCUACGCCGCCUGAGGUGCUUGCCCGCCUCACGCACCUUAAUGCGUGCUACGAGCACCGCUACCCUGGUUUGCGCUAUAUCACGUUCGUCAACGGGCGGUCGCGGGCGGAAAUCAAGGACGAGAUGGAGGGUGUGCUGGGGCUAGAGCACUCCCUCAGUCCCGAUCAACCACCUGUCGAGACGGUGGGCAGCGUAGAGGCCGGCAGCGAAGAAUGGACCAAGGAACUCGAGAGAGCGGUGGGCGACCUGGGCAAGAUCGCACACAGCAGGCUCAAGGCGUUGGGAGCUGCUUAGAAUCUACAAUGAAUUGUGACAUAGCAAUGUACAGGUGUCGCUUGCGAGGGAGGGGGUAUUGUUGA